AAACGUAGAGAUAAGAAUUUAUUUCCGUUAGAAAUUAAAACCGGACAAGACAGGGUUUAUAAAACCAUAAACCCUAGCCCCGUCUCGUCUCCCUUGCCCUGAAUCAAACCCUAGCAAGCUCCGUUCAUUUCAAUGGCGGCCAUCGACGGCGGCAUGUACGGAACAUCGCUGAAGCCUCGUCUUCUCCGCCACCUUAUUAAAAACAAGUUACCUGACGAAAAGAAUCCCUUUCGAGACACUUCGGAGCUCUCGCACAUCUCAUCCACUGUCAGAACUCACCGCCUGCUAUCGGAAGCUUCUUCGGAACCAAUUGACCAGAAGCUGAUGGAGGAGUGGAAGUCUGCUGUUGAUUCCUGGAUCAAUCGCUUGAUUCAGCUUGUUGCUAUGAAUAUGCCAGAUAAAUGCUGGGUUGGAAUCUGCUUGUUAGGUGUGACUUGUGAAGAAUGUAGUUCUGAGCGAUUUUUGGCGUCGUACUCUGUUUGGUUUAGCAAACUCUUGUCACAUAUUCAGUCGCAAGGAGAAUCUCCUUUUUUGAUGGUUGCUUCUUGUGCUUCAUUGUCAGAUCUUUUAGCAAGGUUGAGCGGAUUCUCAAAUUUAAAGAAAGAUGGGACAUCACAUGCUUUAAAAGUGAUUCAACCAGUUUUAAAGCUUCUUAACGAGGAUAAUUCUGAUAUGAUUAAGGACGCGGCCAUCUGCUUGAUUUACACUAUUAUAACCUCAUUUCCAGCUUCUGCACAUCGGCACUAUGAGAGCGUUGAGGCUGCCAUUGUUUCUAAAAUGAUGUCGGGUAGAUGCAGUGAUGGUUUGUUAAAGAAACUUGGAUUCUGUUUAGCAUUACUUCCGAAAUCUAAAGGAGACGAGGAGAGCUGGUUGCUGAUGAUGCGUAAAAUUUUAAUUUUGAUAAAUGUUCAGCUGAAAGAUGCAUUCCAAGGUCUUGAGGAAGAGAGCAAAAGUGAUGAAGCUUUGCGAGUAUUAGUUCCUCCUGGAAAUGAUCCCCCACCACCACUUGGUGGUCUAACAAUGCCCAUAACCUCAUAUGGAUCAACAAAAAGGCCUGAGCUGUUACUAAUGUGCAAUUCAUCUACUUUGAUGAAUUGCUGCUCCACAAUGCUUUCAUGUUCCUAUCCUGUUCAAGUUAGUGUUCCUAUUCAAUCUUUGGUGAUGCUUAUUCGAAGAGUGCUGAUGUUGGAUGGCUCUGUUUCACAAAAGAUGUAUCCACUUAUGACCACAAUGAAGCAAGAAUUGAUUUGUUCUGAACUUCCCGGUCUGCAUUUGCGGAGUUUGGAGCUCCUGGCCGGAAUUGUGAAAGGAGUGCGCAGUCAACUGUUGCCACAUGUUGCAGACAUCGCGGUACUCAUUGCAGAGUACUUCAGGAAAUGUGCAUUGCCAGAAUUAAGGAUAAUGGUGUAUUCAAUCAUAAGAAUUUUGUUAAGGUCGAUGGGAGUUGGAAUGUCACUUUACCUUACCCAGGAAGUAAUCAGCAACACUUUUGUUGAUCUUGAUUAUAGUAGCUCCGCCAGUGGCAAUUUGAAUUUAAACUCAAAUGUCUUUAAUGAGCCUGUGCAACAGCCUCCGCAGAAAAAAAGAAAGCAUGCGAGUACAACAGGCUCUAAUGAUGAGCAGUCUGACAGGAUGGGUACAGAAAUGACGGCGCCUAAAACCAAAACCCCAAUAUCUGUAAAGAUAGCUGCAUUGCACACAUUGGAAGCUCUUCUAACUGUGGGAGGUGCAAUAAGAUCUGACAGUUGGCGACCAGACGUGGAUCGACUUCUUGUAGCCACUGCUCUAGAUGCUUGUAAAGGGGGCUGGGCAAAAGAGGAAAAAAACAUUUUCCUUCAAACUGGACGCACUGAUCCUUGGGCUGAGUUUCAACUGGCAGCCUUAAAAGCAUUUUUGGCAUCUCUUAUCUCGCCUAGCCGUUUUCGCCCCCCUUCUUUGUCUCAGGGUCUUGAGCUAUUCCGUAAAGGCGCACAAGAAACUGGAACAAAACUUUCUGAAUUCUGCUCACAUGCUCUUAUGGUGUUGGAAGUGCUAAUACAUCCUAGGGCACUUUCACUCAUUGAUUCUGCAUCUGACGCCAACGUUGUUGGAUCAAUGCCCAGAACUUCAGGACGUUUAUAUUCGGGCAAGCAGGGGGUUAACACCUCAUAUUCAGGUGGCACAUUUGGAAAAGGUGAUGAUGAUCCCGAGUCUGAUGAGGAUGACCUUUACAGGAGUUGGCUGGAAAAUGCUGGCGAGGUUGCUAUUGCAGACACCCUCACAGAAAACAAUACUACCUCUACUGUAGGACCAUUUUCUUCUAAAGACCCUAGUGCAGAAAACCAGAUUUUGAUGGACAAGGCAUUUGUUGCUGAAGUUCCACAAAUAAGCGAAAGAAGGGAGGUGCCACUUGAUGUCUCCAAAGGCAUUCAAGAAGCAACUGCCGUUGUUGCAGGAAUUAGAGAACGAGAUGACGAUGAGAUAAUGACGGGGAUACAAGAUAUUGAAGGCACCAUCCAGCAUUCUGUAGAAGCUUUCACUUUCGAAGGUCAAACAUAUUCUAAUGCUCCUGCUGGUUCAGUGGAUCAGCAGUCCGGGACAAUUGUCUUGGAAAAUAGCACAGCUUCAGCUCUGGACAACAGCAACACACUGGUACAAAAUGUUCCUCCAACUAUACCACCAAAUUUCGCGGGUACAACUAUGUAUAUGCUUCAGCAAAAUGACGAUUCAUUAGAGGAAUUUAUACCUGAUAUCGUGGAUACAGAUCCAGAUUCUGAUUGAAGGUACAUCCAAUUUUCUUAUCAUGUAUGUCAAAGUGUAGGAUUACCGCAAGUGUUGAAUUUAUGUAUUUUUGUAAAAGCAUAUUGACUGUGGCAACUGGCAAGUACAAAAAUGAUAGCUGUGCUUACAGAGUUUGAUUUUUAUAGUGGUGAAUCAUCAGAUCAACGGAAUAUGCAUCUGCCCAGUAUCACUAAACUUUUCUACUAUGUUUGGCUGUGUAUUGCCCAACCCUGGUUCUUCUAUAUGAACCUAUGUUCCAAUUAGUUAAUUCAUUUUAAUAUAGAAUCUUUUCAAGCU